GCUACCCCAUUACCCAAGCCGUGAUCGGGUUUAGACUUCUGAUUAAGAGUGUUGAAGAACUAUUUAAUCCCAACUUGUCUUCGUCAUUCGCUCGUCGCCGCUAUUUCCGUAGGCACCCGCAACAAAUCGUUUUCGAGUGAAUCUUUCUUUGCAUCCUCCAUGGAUGCAAUUGAGCUUCUAAAUGAUUUCCCCUAUUUCAAGGGAGAAGAAUUGGAGAGAUGGGUCUCCUCUCGCAAUAAUUGCAGCAUGGUUGAGCUCUUUGUGCGUGCCAUAAAGCUUCUAAAAGAUUUCCCCUAUGCUACAGUACAAGAUGUGGAGAUGAUUUUCCUCUCGCCCCACGGCAACAUAAUCUACACUUUCUUUGGAAUGGGAAUCGAUAUGCAUUGUAUCAGUGCUCCACGAGAAGCCGAAAAACUUGAAGGCAAAGAUUCUAUAUCCUAUAAAAGAUGUAAUGUUGCUGGUGAUUAUGUUAAUGCUGGCCCUUUACUUCAUUUGCAUUCACUACAUGUACAACCAAAAGACGCUAUAAAAGACAAACCACUCUCCAUAUAUGGUACGGUCCGGGUGAAGUAUGACCAUAUCCAGAGUGGAAAACCAAUGCAGCUUGAUGUUUACAGCCGAAGUGCUGAUGAUGCCGACUCCAUUAGCCCCAACGGUGGUAAUUUCACUCUUGGUUUGUGUGGUACUUCCUUAAGUCGUCGUUAUGAUAUGUGGGUGGGAUUGCAAGGAACAACCAUAGAGGUGGAUCUCCAUCUCAAAAUUGGGGAUGAGGCUGUUCCCAUGGUUCAAGAUGAAAUUUUGGUGGGGGAUAGAACUGAAGGUGAUCUUGAAGAAGUAAGAUCAAAAGAACUUCAUGGCACACUUUGCUCCGCUACCUUGAUUUAUAUUGCUAUGCCAUUUGCUGUUCUUUGCCAAGUGGAUCUCAGUCUCUCUAGCAAAGACAAGGGCCAAGUUGUUAAUGUUGCCGGAAAAAUUGCUGCCAGAUAUAAGAGCACUUAUGGCAAUUAUGAUUCACAAGAAUUUGUUCUUUUUGAGAAGCAGAAUGAUUUUGAACCGCUAAACAUGGAGAAUGACACGACGACGUGGAGCACAUGGAUGGGGUUGCCAGCAUAUUCGACUCUUGAACUUGAUGUGGACUUGACUGACUUCAACACAAGGCGAAAGCUUAUUAAAAAGACAGUUGAAUUGUUUAAGUCGAAUACUACAUAUGCAGAUUCUUGUGCAGUGGUUGAGGGUGAUUUUGCCAUUCUUGUGGGUGCAAAACUGAUUGAGUACCCACUUGAUCGGAUGUGGAGUUAUUCGGACGAAGAUCUGUGUGAAAAUGAAUUGUCAUCAUCCAACAAUGGCAACCCUUGGUGUCCGCUUCAUGGCCAACAAAAAAUACCACGACCAUCAAAAUUAGUAGAAUUCUACUCAAUCUUUAUUGGUCGUAAAGAAUUGGCAGCAUUGAAUAUUUAUGGCACUGUUGAAUUCUCUUCCAAUAAUCAUACUGAGUAUCUCUUCAAGAAGACUAGUAAUGAUGCUGUGGAAGUAAAAGGUUCACAGAAAGUUUUACCAUUCAUAGAUGUGUAUAGGAAGGUUGUCCAAUACAAAAUGCUCGAACUUAAGGUCAAUCUAAAAGAUGUUGGUGGGAAAUUUCAGAACAAAGCUUUUGCUAUCCAUGACCUUGGAGUCGUAUACCAAGGUUUACCUCAUAACACCCAAAUAUGUUCUGUUUUUCCGGGAAAAGAUGGGUUUUGUGCAUUGCAUUACUCCAUAUUCUCAGACGCGUGUCACGCGAACAUCGAGAUCCUUUUUAGGAUUAAGAGUACUCAGUUAGGGGCUGGCAUGAUCUAUGGAAGUGCAGUCGCUCAAUAUAGCAACUUUGACUACUCAACUGAGUUCAAGAGAGAUUAUUUUCGGAGCGUACUUUUUGAAAGGACUGAGAAGGAUCCAUUACAAUUAGAGAGUGAUGGGAAAGUACCACUCUCUCGAAGUCUUGUUGCGGUGCCAAUGGAUUCGUCCCUCAUUAUUGACAUAGAUUUUUGUUGCAUGUCUCUGAAUGAUCAUCUAUCAUGCAAGGAAAUGUUCAGGAUUGGACGCUGCUGCUCUAAAACAGAGAAAAAUGAUCUUGAACUUGUCAUCAACUGCACCUGGAGUGAUGGAUUGCAUAAUGGGUGGUGCACAUACCAAGACAAGGAUGGGCAGAUUGAAACAGAAGAAGACGAGGCGUGUUAAGGUGCGACGAUGCUCUUGGGCCAUUGCCUGCUCACUAUGCGACAGCUUGAUAUUUAUGUUACUUUUUGUAAUGCAACAUUAUGAUAACUUUAUACUCCUUCGUCCAUAAAAGAUUGUCGUAGUUUGACUUUUUGGUUAAACAGUGAUACUUUUUUACCAUGAAUUAUUAAAAAUGUUUAUUUAGUUAGAGUAUAAAUUUAGUAAAAUUAGAUUUAUUUUAAAAUAUAGUUGAUUUAUUAUAUUUUUAUAAUAUUUAAUUAUAUUAACUUAUAUUUAUUUGUGGUCAAAGAGUGUCACAGUUUGAUCAAAUAAGUCAAACUACGUUAAUCUUUUAAGGACAGAAAGAGUUUAUGUGUGUUGUUAUUUGACAAAUAAUAUGUUACUGAAAUACUCUGUAUAAUUUUUGCACGGGUCUUUUGAUCCUUAGCAUCUAGGUCAUAUUACGGUCAGGCCACCUACAUUGCUCUGCUAGUAAACUUGAUGGUUUUAUCUUCUAACCUUCCCCAGCAUCCCUUGAAAUGCUGAUUUUGGCUAAGCGAGUUAGGAACCAUCAAUUUUACUAAUGGAACGAAGCUACAAAUCCUACAAUAUGACCUAAGAUAUUAAGGCGUGUUAAGGUGCGCCGAUGCUCUUGGGCCAUUGCCUGCUCACUAUGCGACAGCUUGAUAUUUAUGUUACUUUUUGUAAUGCAACAUUAUGAUAACUUUAUACUCCUUCGUCCAUAAAAGAUUGCCGUAGUUUGACUUUUUGGUUAAAGAGUGAUACUUUUUUACCAUGAAUUAUUAAAAAUGUUUAUUUGGUUAUAGUAUAAAUUUAGUAAAAUUAGAUUUAUUUU